UGUAUGUACUGGCCGCCUCGGGCAACUAGAAUGGAAAAAGGAGGAAGACUAGACGCGUGUGCGAAACGAGAAAGGAUACUGUUCCUUUCUCCGUCGCUCGCUCCGGUUCGCGCAGUGAGAAGGAAACUAAGGAGAGGACGUCGAUACCCUGGGUCCUUCCGUAUGAGCUCACGUUCGUGAAAUAGCAAGUCUUUCAGGAGCGAAGAGUGAGAGAGAACGAAAGAGAGAAAGAGAGGAGAACGUUAAGCCGUGCAUACCGUGGCACGACUACCCGAGGAGGAUCAGAGGAGGUAAGAAAUACGGGCUCGGACGGUUGGAGAAACGAAGACGAAGAAACGGUGACGAUGGCUUGGUGUGGGCGCGUGUCUGGCAGCUGCCGCUUACAGGUGGUGUGCUUGCUUGGGAACCAACCUCUACGGACCGUUCCCACGGAAGGCCAGUUCCCCACUAAGGUCCCCGACUGCAACCCCUCGCCCCACCAUGCCGAUGGGUCCUUGACUAUAUAAGCCACAGCCUCGCCCGACAGCCACCAUAAUCACGGUGAUCGUUCACGAAGUUCGAACAGGAGACGUGUCGGAGUAUAACAGUACGAUACGUUUCCUUCGAAUCGAGCGAGCCACGCGAGAAAAUAGAUCAAGUUCAACGAUACUUCGUAUCCACGAGAAUAGCUGUGUGCACGUUAGAAACGUUCAGUGACAUCGCGACAAGCGAAUCGUUACGCAAUCAGUGAAGUUUCGUUAUCGGUGUGUGAGAAGCUACCCUCCGAUUUAAAAGGAUUAAUCAUGCAGAUGCACGACCAGAUCAUGAUGGUCGAUGGCCAGGAGCAACCGAUCUCCAGAACGUAUCAAUACAGAAAGGUGAUGAAACCUAUGCUGGAACGCAAACGUCGGGCUAGAAUCAACCGCUGCUUGGACGAGCUGAAGGACCUGAUGGUCUCAGCUCUGGCCGGCGACGGCGAGAACGUGGCGAAACUAGAAAAGGCCGACAUCCUCGAAUUGACCGUCCGCCACCUUCACAAGCUGCAGAGACAACAGCGUCUGUCCGCAAAUCCGGUGAUCGACGCGGAUCGGUUCAGAGCCGGGUACACGCACUGCGCUAACGAAGUCAGCCGCUGCCUAGCCGCGACUCCGGGAGUGGACGUCGCCUUGGGAACGAAACUGAUGACCCAUUUGGGUCACAAAUUGAAUUCGAUGGACAAGACCGGUCCGUUGACGAUCCACGUGGCCGCGCCGCAAUCCUCGCCGUCCUCGAACAGCGACAUCAGCUCGGACGAAUACUCGAUGCCGCUCACCCCAGCGUCCAGCCAACCGUCUCCGGUGAGAACGGACAUUGAAAGCAUGUCUCAGACCCAUCAGGGUCUCCUUCAAGUCGCCAAACCGAACGAGCCUAUCUGGAGACCGUGGUAAUCGAGGAGAUCGAACAAUUCCAACGGGCAAAGCCAUCGUACCCGGUUAAACGAAGCUCUCGAGCAAGUGGAUUCAAGAAAUGAUCGUCGAUCCUAAAGAGAAUCCAUUCUGUGAGGAACGUUUACCGGUGUUGCAAUUUUGUCUGUGAUUCGAGCGGAAGAUUUCGCUCCUGAAGCUGAGGACUUCGCGGGAUCCUCGAUAUUCGUCGAGAGAUUCGUUCCGCGAAAUUGGCGGCAAGAAGAUCAAUUCUUGCACCGCCUACACGAUGUGCAAACAUGUAUUCUUCGAGGAUCGAAGAUGCAGAAGAAGACGAAGAAUCAUGGACUCUAGAAUUUCUAUUUGCUCAAAAUACUUCGGAGUGAAGGGAAAAACGGAGAAAAUGUAUCGGAAUAAGUUUUCAUUAUUGUCCUAGCGUCCUACGGAUAUAUUAUGUAUUCGUUGAUUGAAUAAGGUUGUAAGAGUUGGGAACAACUAAGAUCUCGAUGUAAAUACGUUGAUAUGUCGCGACUGAAGCUUUAAUUUACUUCACGGUUAGAGUUUUGUAUUGUUUAUUACUUUUAUCGAGAAUUUUUUAUUUUGUCCACUUUUGGCGCGAGAAUAUCGUGUGAACUUGUAGGAUACUCGCAUCAACCACGGCACGAGUUCGCGCCUAAAUCAAUACAAGAAAGGUCUCUUCUCGCGCCAAAAACGUUGUUACGUCCCCUCGGCCUGAUAAUGUCACAGAUUUGUAUAUUUGACAAAAAUUAGAAAAUUCCAAUUGCUGUUGUAAUUGUCAACAAGGAUAGCCGAGCAGAGGAUGUUGUGAUAGAGAAACAAGUACCUGUGAUAUUUACUGUAGACGUAGGGAAAUACUAGAUUUUUAAUAAAUACGUUUCAUUGAUAAAUAUUA